AUGUGCUCUGCCGCGCCCCCGAAACCGCAAACCCAUAUAGUCCACGUCAAACCCAAACAGCAGGUCAAACCGCUCUUCGAACACGAAAAGGAGCUUCGAAGGUCACAUGCGCUGAUGGGAUAUCUGUGGCUGGCGAGGACAAAUUUUGAUCUGGAUCUAUUGGGUCACAUUGGAUUCGAGCUGCAGCAGUGGCCUACGGUUCAUGGUUACCUGACUCAACUUGUGGAUGCUUUUGAGACCCUUAUUCCGUAUAUGGCCUCACGUAAUUCCUUUGAAGGCUUCAAUUGGGCUGUCGGGGGCUUGUCUUUAGAUGAGCUCACUGCCAGGGAUUUCAAAAGACCUUCUGACUCGAUGAAACCCAAUCCGCCGGCCGACAUAGUACCCUUGGAUCUUCUAACCCAACGGCCUAUUGCGCGGGAUUUGGCGGACCGAUUCCUGGGAGAGGUUUUGCUAAAUCUCGGGAUGCUUGUGCUCAGAGCUGCUGAUUCUUCGAGACAAGAAGCCAACCUGGCAAUGUCCCAGACUUUUCGGAUCCUUGCGCGCUUGCACCACCUGGGCUUGAUUUCCGACAGGGUGUACCAAUAUCCGCGAAAUGAUCCAAGUCAAGUCUCCUUCAGACCUCCCGGGCUCAAUUUGCUAUCGAGCCACAUCAUGAGCGUUCUGUCAGAUGCUGCGUGGCUUGAGCAUGAGGCUGCUCUUGCAAUCGCUGCCAAAGAAGCGGGUGAAGAACCUCCUUUUCUCCCUUUCAAGGUCGGCGUUCGUGAGCUCGGUCCCGAGGUUUGGUUUGAACUCAUUCUUUGGUGCUGCGUUGAGCAUGGUUUUACGAAACAAGGUGCCUGGCUUGUCAAGGAAAUGAACAAACGGACGGGAGACCAAGUAUGGAAGAUUGAGAGCUGGUCGCCGCUCGUUCGGGACCUUGAUAUUGUGCGAGAGACCAAUAUCAGCACUGAAUCAGCCUGGCGGCGUCCUGGCGACACUCAUACGCCGAAGACUUCCAAACGAUCUGACAAGCCCCCUUUUCACGGCCUUGGCAAGAGGACCAUCAGUGCAGAAGUAGUCGCAAGUCUACGCAGCGGCUUGGUCAACAAGGCGUACAACGGCGUGGGCUUCCACGGCGCAACUCCAUCAGAUAUAUUGCAAGCCUCUGCGCCUCUGAAUGAUUUGCUGGAGCCCGCCAUUACUCCAGAUGAUCUCCGACCAACAAAGAAGGCCACUAACUGGCACCUGAUUAGAGUUCUUGAGUCGGGAUGCUUGCAACCCAGUGAGGACCCUACUCUUUUUGAACGUCUGUUACGCUCGACCCAACAUGUUGUUCCACCUUGGGCAGGGUAUGGCGUCGCGUCUGAUCAAAAGCUGAGUGAUGUGACGAGGGCGCAACUCUACGAUGAAACCGCGGCCAUAACCGGUCUUGUGGAACUUAAUGUAAAAGCUUACGCCACCAAACGUCAAGCGGGUCGCGCUUUCUACCAGUAUGCCUGGCUGCAAAAUAUUGUCGAUGCAAGCAAAGCCUAUCACAUCCGAGCCUUCUUCGAGCAACUCAGCCUUUCCAGCUCCGAAAAACUUCCUUUUUUCGACUCUCGGCGGUUUGAUGCGCACGAACGUGAUACAUCAUCUCUGCCGCAGGUAUCGAAUGUCACCCUCGCAGAGCUUCUAGACCUGGCCGCCGCGAAUCGUGCUUACGAUUUCGGCAACUGGUUACUUUUCAACGAUGGUAUUGACGGGCCUGCGAUUCCAGCUUCCGUCUAUGGCGAUCAGGUCAUCGCCCCAUCGAUCCUUCGUUUUGCCUCUGCAUCUGGAAACAACGAGCUUUGUGAAAAAGUCAUCGCGUCACUCAGUAUGCCGCUCUCUGUCAAUAUGUUAAAGGCGCUGGUCAACUCAUACAUCGAUAUGGAGAAUUGGGAUCGCGCCAUCGUGACCCUGGAAUACCUCCGUGACUACAGAUUGAAGUCGUGGGGCUUCAGCAACCUCACUGCGUUAGCAGCGAAAAUAAUUCGACUAGAUGCCUCAAUAAACCAUCAAACGUCGAAGGGAGCAUCUGUGGACGAGGAACUUAUUCAGAGCCUGGAGCGCGCAAAUGACCUAUUUCUCCGUUUCUAUCGCAUGGAGUUCAACACGCCUCCCAGUAAAAAUCGUCGCGUCACGGUCUUCCAACAAAACGUCCUCGUCCGAUUACUCUCGGUCUUCCGAACUCUCCCCGGUCAUAUAUCACGACUCGCCAAACAAGCCGACCUCAAAGUGCCCACGCCGAGCCACCUGAAGCUCAAGUACAUCCCCGCCGUCUCCUUUCACAGUAUUUUGGCUGCCGUGGUGGACACCCACGGUAGCACGUUUGGAUUGAAAAUGUGGUUCAGAUGGUGUAUUCACCGUCCGCCGCCGGACCGUGUUCGUCAGCGUGAGGGUGGUCUUACUCGCUUACCUGCUCGCAAGGAACUGACGUGGCUUCAAGGUGACCCAACUUUUAGCCCGUCGUGGCUCGAACAUACUCAAAAACGAGCCGUGAUCCCCAACUACAACACCAUCCGCAUCAUCGCGCACGCUGCAAUGCGUGAAUUUGAAAUGGAGCAACACCCAGAGAAACUCCAAUCCGACCCGGCAUCCUCAUCUCUCCCCAUCCCUCGUCACCAGGAACUCCCCUUCUUCGCCCGUGGUCGCGUCUAUAAACCCCUCAUCUCUCGCUUGGAAUUCAACGGUCUGCCCGCUACCGGUGGCAAGCCCCCCGAGACUCCCGCCGAGGCCUCUCUCGACUUUGCCGUGUGGAUGUUCCUCCGCCAAGGCAUGUCGCAGGAUCAGAUCGACUUGGAAAUCCCAGGCUACAUAGCCCGAAUGUGCAACCGUGGCGUCUUUCAUAACCCAGAAAAAAGACUCCGAGACCGGAUCUGUGAAAUCCAGCAAGAUCCAUUCAUGAAAUCAGGUCCCUCAUGGAAAGUGAAUCAUCACAAACCUGCCGUGUCGGACCGUGAGGAAACUACACAACCCUCAUCCAUGAAAGCCUCAGAACCUUGA